AGAGAGAGAGAGAGAGAGAGAGAGAGAAUAGACUGCAAGGCAGUAAGAGGGAGUCUAAAGGAGAGGAGUGCUGUAGUGUUGAGGAGAGGUAGCGACAUGAAGAGGGAGAGUGUGAAUGGGGAAGCCGUUUAGGGAGAGAACGAGAGAACAUGAUACAGAAGCUGUGUCCUGAACGAGGACACAGCCUCUCUCUCUCUCUCUCUCUCUCUCUCUCUCUCUCUCUCUCUCUCUCUCUCUCUCUCUCUUUCUCUCUCUCUCUCUCUCGCUUGCUCUCGCGGGGAGGAUGCCAGCAGAGAGCUGCUCGGACUUGUGAGGGCAUGGCUGGAGUUCUGUUAGGAAGUGCAACACACCUGAAAAGGCCGAGCAUGCUGGAACCAGCCUCUUCUACAAGUCGAGCUGUGUCAGCCAAGCUCAGUGAGAAACAGAAUCGUCUAAUUCCAGGAUGAAAUAGAGAUCUUUCAAGAUACCUUCUAUUUUUUGACCUCAUCUCAGUGUAAAACUGAAACCUUUUUCCUCAGCUGCACCAGCACUUGCUUGAUGUUUUUUAUGUGCUCUCACAAUGAUAACCAGGACGCUGUGAACUGUGUGUGUAUCUCUGUGAUAAUCUGCACUGAUGUUCCCACACUUGCUGGAACAUUGUCCCUUGAUCAGUUACCCAGAUCAAUCUGAAAUUGACUGGCAUUUUUCUGGGCCACUUCCGAAGCUUUGGUUACAUGUCAGCAGGAUUAAGAAUCCUGCCCUUGUGAAUCACUCAGGACACUGUUGGAUCACGGACGCUUCAGAAGACACAGCAAUCCCCGGUGCAGCAGGUUCCUGCUCCCAGAGUGAUAGUCAAGCUUCUCUGAACAGUUCCUUGAUCCCUGUAACUAGACUCAUGUUCUGAAAGCUGACUCUCAGAAGAAUUAGGAACCCUUUUCUAUUCUGUACUAGUCUCACUAGAUUGCAUGUGCAGCUGAGAAUUAGUGGGACCAUGACCAGGACUCUGCAACUCCCAGUACUGCUGGGCCAGGUUCCUAUGGUCAUUGCCAGGAUGCUCUGAACUGUUCAUCUGUCUGUCACUAUGACUGAUGUUCUGACAGUUAAUGCUGAACGCUGUCCCCAGAGCAGUCACCAAAGAUCGCACUAAAGUUUGUGGACCAUUCCUGAGCCUUUAAGUCUAAGAAAAUAGGAAUAAAACCUGUUGCCUCUUUGUAUUAGUCACCCAUCACUCUGAAGUUGACUGAGAGUUUGUGAAGCCCUCCUGGACUUCCAAACAGGAUUAAGAACACUUCAGUAUCCUUUUGUACUAAUCACAUCAGAUCACUGUGGGAUUGCAUGUGAACCUGAGAAGAACCGGUACCAUGACUGAGACUCUGCAACUCCCAGCACUGCAGGUGCAGGCUCCUGGGGACUGGGAGGAAAACGGCUCAAGUGGAACCACAAGCGGAGACCCAGCUGGACCACCUAGCACACCACCAAGCACUUCACAAAGCCCUGCCUCCAGUCCCUCCCUGCGGCGCAAGCGCUUCAAGAUGCGACGCAUGAAGAAUGUGCAGAGCGAGAGGGAGGUGGCUGACGGCAGCUCCCCUGGGAACUCCGGCUCCAAGGAAUACUUGCAGCUCCCGUCCAUCGAGAUCACACCAUCCAGCGAUGAGGAUGCUGCCUGGUCCAACUGCUCCACACCCAGUGCCUCACCACGCCGUAAACGCUUCCUCCUGCGCAAGUGGCUUCGAGGGGGUGACAAGAAGGAGCAGAGCAGUGAGAGCAGCAGUCAGCAAAGCAGCAUACAGAGCAGCCAUGAGGAGGACACCACGCGCUACCUGACCCCUAACAUCCGCGAGGAGAGCACUGCCAGUAACUCGAACCGGAGCACACCUACUUGCUCGCCCGUCCUCCGCAAACGCUCUCGCUCGCCCACCCCCCAGAGCCCUGAGGGAGAGAACAUGGUGGAGAAGGGCUCCGAUCACUCCUCUGAUAAAUCCCCCUCCACCCCCGAGCAGGCCGUCCAGCGCACCUACAGCCAGUCCGUCCACACCAGCACGCGCAGCGGCGGCAAGAACUCCAAGUCACACAAGAGACUUUCCAAAAAAAGUCAAAGCUGGUACAACGUAUUGAGUCCCACGUACAAGCAGCGCAAUGAGGACUUCAGAAAGCUCUUCAAGCAGCUGCCCGACACAGAGCGCCUCAUCGUGGACUACUCAUGUGCCCUGCAGAGAGACAUCCUCCUCCAGGGUCGCCUCUACCUCUCCGAAAACUGGAUCUGUUUUUAUAGCAACAUCUUCCGCUGGGAAACGCUGCUAACGGUGCGGCUGAAGGACGUCUGCUCCAUGACGAAGGAGAAGACGGCGCGCCUCAUCCCCAACGCCAUCCAGCUCUGUACUGACAAUGAAAAGCACUUUUUUACCUCAUUCGGGGCACGGGACCGGACUUACAUGAUGAUGUUCCGGCUGUGGCAGAAUGCUCUCCUGGACAAGCCAUUAUGUCCCAAAGAGCUGUGGCACUUUGUCCACCAGUGCUAUGGAAACGAGCUGGGCUUGACAAGUGAUGAUGAGGAUUAUGUGCCUCCAGAUGAUGACUUCAACACCAUGGGGUACUGUGAGGAAAUCCCGGCAGAGGACAAUGAAGCCAACGACGCCUGCCCCAAAAGCCCCGAGGUCAAAGUGGACGCCAGCCCCCAGCUGCCCAAGAAAUCCUUCACCAGCAAUAACCUCCCAUCCACGGGCAGCACGGACACACCUGUCCACUAUGAUAUGGUUCCAGAGGAAGAGUUUGCUAGCUGUCUUCCUGAGGAUCUCUUAGCCCUGCCUUUACCGGACAACAAGCUGUCAGAGUCCAGCGUCCCCGUCCCUUCGCCCUCGCUCGACUUCAACGACAAUGAGGAUCUCCCCACUGAGCUCAGCGACUCCUCGGAAACUCACGACGAGGGAGAAGUCCAGGCCUUUCAUGAAGAUCUCAGUGGGAAGCAAUACAUCAACGAGAUCUACAAGUUCAGUGUGGAUAAGAUGUAUGACCUUCUCUUCACCGAGUCCCAGUUCAUGAGGGACUUUCUGGAGCUGCGCCGCUUCUCUGAUGUGGUUUAUCGGCCGUGGAAGAAGGAGGAGACGGGGGACCAGAGCAGAGAGAUCAUGUACACCAUCUCCCUCACCAACCCUCUGGCUCCAAAGACAGCUACAGUCACCGAGACCCAGACUCUGUACAAGGCCAGUCAAAAGAGCGAGUGUUACAUCAUUGAUGCUGAAGUGAUCACGCAUGACGUUCCUUACCACGACUACUUCUACACCCUCAACCGCUACAUGCUGACCAGAGUGGCCAAGAACAAGUGCCGGCUGAGGGUGUCCACUGAGUUACGGUACAGGAAGCAGCCAUGGGGGCUGGUCAAGGGCUUCAUCGAGAGAAACUUCUGGAGUGGCCUGGAUGAAUACUUCAGACAUUUAGUGCUGGAGCUAAGUAAGAUGGAGGUGGCUCUAACAGAACCCCACCGGCAGUCUCCCAAAUCCAAAGCAGUCCGUACAGCCACAGCAAGGCGGAGGAAGAGGCCGAUGGUGCACCUGCGACCGCAGCACCUGGACGAGGCCCUGAGCCCGGUCACCACACCUGAGGAUGAGGAGGAGGUCAUCCACCGCAUCAAACACGUGGCAGGAUCCACGCAGACUCGUCACCUCCCUGACCCGGGCCCUGGUGGCCUGGCCCUCUACAGCGUCUCCAAAUUGCUGCUCAUCAUCAGCUUUGUGAUCUGUGUAAGCCUGGUGUUGCUGGUUCUUCUGAACAUGAUGCUGUUCUAUAAGCUGUGGAUGCUGGAGUACACCACUCAGAGCUUAGCGUCACUGCAGGGCCUGAGACCCGGAGAGAGUAAACCUCCACAAACCCAAAUGGAAUGGGCUCAGCUUUUGGAGUCACAGCAGCGUUACCAUGACGACGAGCUGGAGAAGUGGCGGGAGAUUAUCAGGUCGUCGGUGGUUUUAUUAGAUGAGAUGAGAGACUCUUUAAUGAACCUCCAGAAGGGAAUCGGGAUACGAGAGUACGGCUCCAAAGCUGAGGAGAAAAGGAGCCGCUACCACUGAGGCGGUGUUUAAGGCCGAAUGGACACCUCGUGCAAUAUGAAGCGGAGCGCCCGUGUCCGGGCUGAGCUGGACUGGACUCGGCUGGACUGUCUUCCUCGCUCCUCCCCUCUGUAACUUUCAAAGAGGGCCAGCUAAACAAGAAGGUGAAAAAAAAACAAUGAACUGCAUGCAGUUUGACCCUCACGUGACUACGAACUUAUGAUUUAUAAUAAUCCUGCUCAGCCAGAGCCAAAAACACCAAACAAAAAAAACAAAAUCCAACAGUGACUCCUGGUUCAUUCAGCCCCUCUGAAGGGCUCGAAUGGGGGUUAUACGCACAGAGCCACGUCCCAGCCGCAGUAUCCUUUUUUUUUUAAACGUUUCAGAAUCUGGGACCAGGUUAAAAUACCAACCUAUAAUCUUUAAGUGUUACUUGGGAAACGUGCACAUUUACCGAUGCGAAUAAGAGAAUGUGGAAUCGAAGUAUAUUAUGAAAAACACACCUGAAGAUAUAUAAUUUAUAUGUAGAGCUAUAUUUGUUGCCAGAGCUAAUUUUUAUGAGGCUUCCAUGGAAAAUUGGGGCUGGAACCCUGAUAGCUUGUGCCAUGGUGCUAAUUAUGCAUAUACGUUCAUGUUACGGUUGUUUGUUUUCCGUCUGUGUAGAGUAGAACCUUUUUUUUUUUUGCCCGUAAAUGCGAAAGGCCAAUAGUUCUUGAGGUAGAGCAUGUCCUUAUCUUUUUCAAAUAAGUCUUGCAGGGUCUUAUGUGGUCUUGUAAGAACAAUAUCUAGGGAAAACCAUGGACGAAAGGUGGGUUGGCUUACAUCAGGGGGCGAUGGUAAGCAAGUAAGCCCACCGUUAGGGCAUGGAUGUACUGUAAGUUAGCAUGAUGGAAAUUUGUACCCCCCCAAAAAAACUCCAGUUAAGCACGUAGAUGGGAGUUGCAAAUCGCUGUUGUUGGGACAAAACCUUCCCGACAUUCUUCCCGACAGUAUCUCCACUUUUGCCAUUUUUCAGUUUUUGAUAUCAUUUGAAAAUACCCGUUACCCUUGAUAUUGUGUGUAAAUUACAUGAUUAAUGGACUCAAAGAAACAGCCUAAAAUUACGUGGAAAAAAGUCUGGUUCCAUUGACUUACAUCAAAAGUAAAGUUAGUUUUUUCCUUCUCCUGUAAAGUUGUCAUUUUGGAGAUGCGAGGAUUUGUUCCCACAGCAGCGAUAAGCAGAAAACAUAUUACACACGGAAAAUUAAAUAUUCCCACUUGCUAGUGAAAAACUCUUCAUUUGGCCAACAGUGGCGCUUCUUUAGCUAGCCUGUUUUGCUUGUGUUACUGCUUGAACGCUGGACGUUAAAAGAGCAUGGACUAUUGGAGUUUUAGAGGGGGUGCACCCUCUGCCUCCAAUCCAGCGCCAAAGGCUUGUCGAGUUGUCCCUGGAUGUUCUCUCAUUACAAGAUGACGUCUAGCCCUGCAAGACUACCUCAAACGGAGAGUCUUUCAGAUUCCUUCCUCGUGCUGUACUGUAUUUCAUUUUGCACAGGCAGAGGAUCAGUAGGACCGUUUUAUUGUAGUAUUGUGUUCUUACAUCUUGCCUCUGGACUACUCACGAUUUUGUGUUGCCAAGUUUGCUUUUAUUUUAGUGGCAUUCCAUUUUUGUUAAACCAUGUGGUGUUAUGUCAGCGUGUCUUUAACAAAGCCCUGCUGGAAGCCUAUCGAUUGUGAAGUGAUCAUGAGGUUUCGACUGUUCCCACAGCUGCCGUAGCAGCUGUUAGUCGGAGCCGGUGACUGAGAAAGUGUUUAACUGUGAUCCAGCAGUAGCAGCAUCUUUAUUUUUCUCGAUCUAUUUGGAUGUAGAUGUCUGGAAGUGGUGAGCUGCAAAGGAGUGAUGCAGCUGGACCAAUAGAAAGACGUAACUGUGAAGACAAAGCUAUAAAUGCUUGACGUUUAGGUCAAAAGGGUAGAAAUGGAGAGCUUGUAGUAUGGAGACACUCACUGGCCCCUUUACAUUCAGUGGCCUUUAUCCAGCAAAGUUGCCUACAGACAAAUCUGGUGGUGAAAUGAGCUGAAAAAUCAUCAGUUUCAUCAAAACAUUUCAUAGCCUGAAAAAAUGCUUGACUUGUGGUUAGCCCGCCCAAACUAUUAUCAAUAUAAUCUGUAAUACCAACAAUAAGAAUAAAAAUAGGAAAAUAACAAUAAAACUAAUCAUUUGUGCAUAUGGCAAUCCAUUACAUGCACAUCGGUAUAAACACACAACUAUUCCAUGUUCCAUUUAAAGGCAUAUUACACUGUGCUUUGCUUUAUAAUACUGACUCCGCCUACAAAAUAAACAAUACAAAACACUGAAGCAUGUUAUACACUGCAAUAAUACAACAUUUAAAUGUUAUUUUGGCAAAAUGGACACGCUACACAUUCAUUCCACAGUCUGAAAAAAUGAAGAUGUUUAGUUUAUCUCACAUUUUAUUCUCUCCAGUCAUCGUAAUUUCAACUCUAUAAAGUUUGGUCAGUAGGGGGAGCAGUGCGCUCACUUCAAACUCCACCUAAAAGCACAGCCAUUGUCUAACAAGCCUCUAAAUGCUGUUUUAUUGGCUCUCAACCAAACAUCUGCAUGAAUUAGGGCGUGCUUCAUGUAAAUGAGAUGUAAAUGAGGUGCUGCUAGGCUGGCACUUGAUUUCACGCACUGAGGCUGGUUCAUCAUGGUUGUUUCCAAGUUGUAUGAAUGCUUCAUGACUCAGAUGCAGAGCAGUCCGUAUGUCAUUAUAGGCCAUCAGAUCUGCGCUCUCAUGCAACUUCGAUGAAAAAGGGCCAUUGUCCAUUUGAUCAGGACCACUUACUACCAUGUAGGUCAAUGUUGUUGUUUUUCAAGAUUGUAGUCCAUCUGCUGCUCUGCUUUAUUAGCCCUCUUUAUCCCACUAAUCCAUGGUUAGGACCACCUUUAAGCUGGUAUUAUUCAAGAGUUUUGCUUGAGGCAUUUAAUUGCUUUUAUAGAAGAAGUCUGGUUUGAGAAACUAGUUAUUUCAAAUGAUCCACCCACACAACUAAUUUCUGGUCCUGUGGGGUUCCUAAUCUUUGGUGAGUGAAACACGUUAUGCAGCUUACACAGUCUGUAAUUGUAGAAUUUCAAAGUACACCUAUAUGGUAAGUGGACCUGAUAAAAUGGACAGUAAAGUGGCCAGUGAGUGAACAAACCUGGUUGUCCAUUUCCAGUGUUGUAAAACACAGAAGCUUUAAUGGUUAAAAAUUAACGAAAUGAAUACCAGUUUUCAGUGAGCUUUGAAACCUUUUUAACUGCUGUAUGGUCAGUUGCAUCAGAGCAUUUUAGUGUCCAAUCAAAAGACAUGGCCAGUCUGCCUUUUCCCAAACUUUGUAGAUACCUCUAGAACCUGAACGACCGUUGCUCAGCCAUUAUUAACCAUUUCUUUUUACACUCCAUUUAUUUGUUCAGCUUUUUGGAUGGAGCCAGUUAAUGACACCACCGUCUGGUCAGGAUUCCAGGACCUUUGUAGUAUUGCUGGGCAGUUUUAGUCUUGAUCUUGUUCCUAGCUUUUAAGACCGUGUGGUGUCUCAACUUUGUUUGUCAGGGACUCGGUUCAUAGCCUUAUUAAUGCACUCGGCAAACUAUGGCUUUCAACCAUUUGACAACUUUCAACCAUUUCGUGACUUUCGAUUUUCAGUGGAAAAUAAUGAGGGCUCACACAGAUUGUCUGCUGUUGCAUCAUUAUCUUGGAAAAUGGAACAAAAAAAGCAGUGCCUGCACGGUAGCAGAUGGCAUGAGGAGAAUGAGACGGUUGCUUUCCUCCCCAUUCUUUUCAUCAUGCUUUUCCCCUCAAGGAACGAGUGGAGCAACUGCAACAGACCACAAGGGUUCAGCUUAAUGCUUAUCUCUAUGCCCAAGCUAUGUGAUUUAGAAGACAUCACAUCUGUUGCAAUAACUUCAGGCCAGUUUGUACUUCUCACUGCAAAAUCCCAUCUUUGAAACCAAUAUGCAGUUAUAUUAAUGGGCUGUUCUUGCUUCUGUGGAGGGGAAUGAUAAUAGUUCUCCAGCCAUCAUUCCUAAACUACUGUCCCACACAUCCGUCUUGUACCCAUUCCAUGACGUAUGCAUGCCAAGUGUGAAUGUAUUUUGUAGAUCCAGGACUAGCCUUAAUGAGAACCUGCUACAUCUGGAACUUACGGGAUGAUGACAGAUGUAUAUGUGACUGGUUUCUUGGACAUGGGUUAAACCUAAUUCUAGACUGAAUUGCAAUGCCAGUAGUGUUUAACCAGUAAAGAGAACCCAGGGGUGGAAAAUAAAUGAGUUCUUGUACUUUGUUAAUGUACUGAAGUAUUAUUUUGAAAGAUAUUCAAGUGUCAUUGGAAUUGAAAUCUUCUUAAUCUCACUCAAUCACAUUUCUGAGAGGAAAAAAAAAACUUUACAUUUCUUACAUUUCCUUUUAUUCAUUUCUUUAUGAAUCUCAAAGUCUAAGACACAAGCAAGCAUCAACAUAUACUUAGACCUAUAAAUCUCACAGGCCAGAAGCGUUCCCAUGCGUUUGAACUGUUUUCCAAAUUCAUACAACUGUAAAAUUAAACUGUCCACAUAUGCGCCCAUUUAUGUUUGUCCAAGUUACAGGUACCACCCAUUAGUAGCCACUAGUGGCCUCACUAAUCUGCAUGAAUUAGGGCGUGCUUCAUGUAAAUGAGAUGUAAAUGAGGUGCUGCUAGGCUGGCACUUGAUUUCACGCACUGAGGCUUGUUCACCGUUUGCGCUCAAACCUCUGCUUGUUUCCAAGUCGUAUGAAUGUUUGGCGAUUCAGAUGCAGAGCAGUCCGUACGUCAUUAAAGGCCAUCAAACCUGCGCUCUUUUAUAUGCAACUUUGGUUUAAAAAAGGGCCAUUAUCCAUUUGAUCAGGACCACUUAAUACCACAUAGGUGAACUUUGUUGUUCUUCAAUUACAGAUUGUACAGAUCUAUCUGCUGCUCUGCUUUAUUAGCCCCUUCUUACCCCAUUCAUCAAUAGCUAGGACCAUCACUGGGCUGGUAUCAUUCAAGAGUUUUGCUUGAGGCAUUGAAUUGCUUUUAUAGAAGAAGUCUGGUUUGCGAAACUAGUUAUUUCAAAUGAUCCACCCACACAACUAAUUUCUGGUCCUGUGGGGUUCCUAAUCUUUGGUGAGUGAAACACAGUAUGCAGCUUACACAGUCUGUAAUUGUAGAAUUUCAAAGUACACCUAUAUGGUAAGUGGACCUGAUAAAAUGGACAGUAAAGUGGCCAGUGAGUGAACAAACCUGGUUGUCCAUUUCCAGUGUUGUAAAACACAGAAGCUUUAAUGGUUAAAAAUGAACGAAAUGAAGACCAGUUUUCAGUGAGCUUUGAAACCUUUUUAACUGCUGUAUGGUCAGUUGCAUCAGAGCAUUUUAGGGUCCAAUCAAAAGACAUGGCCAGUCUUUUCCCUCACUUCGUUGAUACCUCUAGAACCUGAACGACCGUUGCUCAUCCAUUAUUAACCAUUUCUUUUUACACUCCAUUUAUAUGUUCAGCUUCUUGGACACAGCCUCACUAGUCUGGGUUGCGUUGUAUGUGAUUAGCUUGUGUCCAGCAUCAAAGCUGUUUGUCACUUUUAUAUACUUAAGUGUGUUUAAAUGUAAAUGGGCAAUAAAAAAUAAUGAUCAUCUACCAAGAUACACAUUAGCAUUAUGAUCCCACUUCACUUACGAAGCGAAGUAUAUGAGCAUUGAAGAGUUUUAUUUGUGUGUGUCAGUGGCGUAGUCAGCAUUUGAUUUUAGAGGGGGGCUUUUGUUACAGUUUAAGGGGGUCAGCUAGCAAGUUGUAAGGCCCAGAGACAAGGCUAGAGUGCAGAUGACAACCACCAGCCAGACAGCUUAAUUAUAGCUAAAGUGCUAAAGCUGUUUUUGAAUAAUAAACGCAGCACAUGGUUGUUUACCUCACAUUUAACUGGCUAGUGUUAGUUACUGUAACAGUUGACAGGCUAAUCAAGCAGAGCCCUACCUUUUACAGCACUAGCUGUGGAUAUAUAGGUCAUAUGACUGGAGAUUGCCGUGUCCUUGUCACUUUUUUCCCAGCAUUAAACUUUUUCUUGACCAUGGUCAGCUAUGGUACAUGCUGGCUAGGUAAGGAGCCUAUAGGACAUAGCUCAGCAUCUCAUCAUCAGUAAAAACAGUGCUAGCUAUGAGUGUGUUUACAUGCCCUUAAUAAUCUGAUAACUGCAGAAAAUCAGAUUUUGGCAGUUAUCCGAUCAACGUGUCUACAUGCACCUUUGUAAUCAGAUACUGGGGAAACUCUGGGUCUGCAUGAGUCAGGCAGUAAUCAGAUUUCUGCUUUGGAACUGGGCAAUAAACUCACAGAAGACGAUGUGACGUAAAAACUUCUUGCAGUGGCUUUUUUUAAAAAAUAUAUAUAUAUAUUGUUACUUUACCUGAAAAUGUGAACAUCCUUAUAUUUAAAUCAUUUCAUCAAGCGUGUGUUUCGCUGUGUCUCCCGGUGACGCUGCUCACAUAUUUAUGGUGCCGCUGACUGUUUUGCACAUGUGCAGACUCAGAAUUCCGAAAGAAAUCAGAGUAAGAGUUCACAUGCACUGAGAAAUCUGAUUACCGAGCUAAAAUCCAGCCUCUUUAUCGGAUUUCUUAAUCGGAUUUCUAGACCUUACUCCAAACUAAGAAACCAGUGUGCCGUUUACAUGAGCAUUUGAAUAAUCUAAUUAUUGCAGAAGUCUGAUUAUGAUCAGAUUAUUAAGUGCAUGUCAACGUGUUCUCAAUGUGUUUACACAGAUCUGUCCAUGCCUAAGAAUGCAAAAAAACAAGUUGCCCGUGACAACCUUACAUCGUAAUGUUUUCUGUAAUAUCUCUUUACUUUUUCCACCUGUGAAAAAACCAAACAAAAACAUUUUAGCCUUGGCUUAGGCUUAAUCUAGGUCUGGGAAACCAAUGAUGUUAAGCUUGUGGAAGCCACAGUGUCUCAGCUCCAUUCUGUGUAACUCGCCACAAACCUGGCAGAUGUUAUAUUUUCUUUGAUUAUAUUAGUGAAGGAAUUCGAUGGAACAGGUACAGUGUCUUCGGUCUUCAGAAUCCAGCUGUUAGGCUCUUUUUCAGUGGUUUGCAUGGUUCUUUCCAAACAGUCUUAUUACUGUAAGGGGUCUUUGCAUGGUUGUUUUCUAUGGCCAUGACUGUUAUGGUCAAAGACCCAAUGGUCACCAUGGUUUCUGAAAUUGUACACAAAAACGCAAUUUUAAUAUACAUAAAAUGCAGUUUUAAGAUCUGUCAGCAUGGGUCAGUAUUGAAAAUAAGUAAAUAAACAAACAGGCCAUCAUUCACCACUCAGUUUAUUAAUAAUAGGAAAGCGUACAGGUUUUUUUAUUCUAUUUAUGAAUGCCAAAAUACGAUGGUAUUAUUUAUUAACCCAUAAACCAAAUACAUUUAACCUUCUUUCCUGGAACUGAUCGGAAAUAAACCGGAACUUACAGCGACUAUUCACGGCAGAUGAAAAUAAGGCCUCCAUUGUAUUCACCUCCUUUAUCCCAGCCUGAAGGACUACAUACGAAACAAAGUAUUGUGGCAUUGUAUUGAAAAUGUACGUGCAUAAAAUACCUUUUUUAAGAUUAUUAUUUUAAUCUCCAUAUAUCAAACUGAAAUAUUUAUACAUAUAUUGUAUGUAUAUGUUGUGUAUAGUUCCUGUGUAUACUCGAAGGAUACCUGUGCGCGCUGGACGCAAGCCGGGAGUCCUCCAAAACAAAACAAAACAAAAAAAUACUUUCAGAAGAAAAAAAAAACCUAAAGAUGAAAUGAUUUAUGUGAUCUACGAAAGGGCGGAAUGAAUAAAGGUAUUUAAAAGCCGUU